UAUUGUCCCACACAGGUCAUAUUCACUUUCGCGUCCUCGCAGCUGGUGGACAGGGCUGGCCGGCGGGUGUUGUUGCUGAUCUCCGAUUCGGUGAUGGCCAUGUGCCUUGGUUCCCUGGCCUUCUACUUCUAUCAACAGGAGCGCGGCGUCGACGUGUCUGCGUUCAGUCUGGUGCCGCUCGUCAGCUUGGGAAUUUAUAUCAGCACCUUCGCGCUGGGUUUCGGCCCAAUACCGGGGGUCAUGAUUGGAGAGCUGUUCAGCCCGGAAUUCAAGGGACUGGCGAUCGGCAUCGUGUGCGUGCUCGCGUCGUUGAUUGACACCUUCGCGCUCGGUUUCGGCCCAAUACCGGGGGUCAUGAUUGGAGAGCUGUUCAGCCCGGAAUUUAAGGGACUGGCGAUCGGCAUCGUGUGCGUGCUCGCGUCGUUGAUUGAGUUCUUCGUUGUCAAGUCGUAUCAUACCCUGUUGAAUCACUACAACCGCGGUGUCACGUUCGGAUUUUUCGCUUGCUGUUGCGUGGUGGGCACCUGUUUCGUGUUCUUCCUGGUGCCGGAGACAAAGAACAAGUCUCUACAGGAAAUCCAGGAGGAGCUCGCUGGCAAAAAGAGGACGGCCAACCAGACGCAGGCUGUCAGCGUUUAGAUUGC